GCCCUCCACAUCGGUAAGCUAAACGUCAACAAAGUAUGAGUCUAGCCUAUAUUCUUGCAUACAGCCUCGUCCCUCUCUCCCCAUUAAUGCAUCUGUAUAGCCCAGUGACCAAUACCUCCAAAUUCGUAUUGGCUAUGCCAUUCUUUGAAGGACGUCUCGACUCCUAUUGUUAUCUAUCAGUACCUAUCAAGGCUUAUCACGGACUCCGGGUACAACUCAGGUGGGGUUUGGUUGGCGGUGGAGCCAGUUACUGACAUCCAUACUGAGGACGAUUAAGGGUACCUGAGAUCCAGAGGGAGAACAGUCAUCUAUUGCUUAAUAGAUGCCUGCUCCACAGAGAAUUUCAAGUAUAACGGAGAGCCCGCUCGUAGGACCAAUGUGGGAUCAUAGUAUCGAGAAUCUAGAGUCUGCAGCACCGCAUAGACGGGGUCGUUAGUAAUGUUUGGGAUUUGUGACAAGGUGUCUCAUGGUCGCAGCCCAACUAGCGAACAACUUCAAGAUACCAACGUAU